UCUUUCUCUCCCUCCAAUACCCGCCUCACACCCAAAAUCUUGUCGCUCCAAGUCGCCAAGAUGCCUCGAAAGUGGAUUGACAAGAAGUCGGCGCAGCACUUCACCCUCGUCCACCGGCCGCAAAAUGACCCGCUCAUCCACGACGAAAAUGCGCCUUCCAUGGUGCUCAACCCUACUCAGACCAAGAAGAGUUCCUCAAAGUCGAAAGAUCUAGACGAUUUGGCCUCUGAGCUGGGCUACGAGGCCGAGAACAUCCGCGCAAACGAAGGCGAGGCUGCCAGCUAUGGCGUCUACUACGAUGAUACCGAGUAUGAUUACAUGCAGCAUCUGCGCGAUCUCAACACUGGAGGAGGUGAGGUUGUGUUUGUCGAAUCAACUGCGACAGCCAACAAGGGCAAGGGAAAGCAGAAGCAGUCGCUUGAGGAUGCGCUCAAGAAGCUGGAUAUUGAUCAAGAGGCCGGCGAUAUUCUCGAUGAGGACAUGCUGCCUUCAAAGAACCUCACUAGGGUCACAUAUGAGGCCCAGCAAGAUAUCCCAGACUCCAUCAAGGGCUUCCAGCCGGAUAUGGACCCACGGCUACGAGAGGUUCUCGAGGCUCUAGAUGACGACGCUUAUGUGGAUGAAGAGGAUGACGACCUUUUCCAGCAGCUCGCCAAGGAUGGACGAGAACUAGACGACUACGAGUUUGAGGAUACACAGUUUGAUGAGGACGAUGGUUGGGAAUCGGAUGCCACGGCAAAGCCCAACAAGGAGUACAAGAACGAUGAGGUGCCCCAGCUUGUCAAGGCACCAGCAGAGCACCCGGAAGAGGGCCCUUCACAGGACUGGCUCGAGGAUUUCAAGCAGUUCAAGAAGGAGCAGAAGAGCGGCCGCGCACCAGCCGCGCCGUCUGAGCUGCAGUCCAACUGGACCACUACAACAAACGGUGGCCGACGCAAGAAGAGAAAGGGUGCGCUGACCGAUGCGUCAAGCUACUCCAUGACAUCUUCGUCGCUGGUGCGAACUGAGCAAAUGACAUUGCUGGACGCAAGGUUCGACAAGAUUGAGGAGCGUUACAACGAGGACCUUGACGACGACAUGCAGUCCAUGUCGGCCGUGUCUACCAUGUCCACCGUCCAGGGCCCAAUCCGCGGCGACUUUGAUAACAUCAUGGACGACUUCCUUGGAAACUUCACCAAGCCAGGAAAGAGGACGUCAAAGAAGACCAAGGCCCAGACAGGGCUCGAGCAGCUGGAUGAGAUCCGAAAGGGGCUGGGUCCUGCUCGGAUUCGAGGUCGGAUAAGGUGA